AUGGCCGGAAGAAGAAAAAGCAAAAGAAAAUCAACUGCUGCCCCUAAAACCACUAAAUCUUACAAGAAGUCUAAACCAUCAGAAGCUUCUUCUUCCAAUGCUGUUGCUGAUUCGGUUGAAGUUCGGGCCAUUGUUGAAGAAGAGCAGAGUAUUUUGACAGGUGACCCUGUUUCUGAUGCCCAAGCACGGGCUAAAUGGCCUCAUCGAUAUCUGUCGAGAGAAAGGAUAGUGAAGACUGGAACUAUGGGAUUACCAAGAGGAUGGAAUGUUUGUUUUAACCGAAGGAAUGAGCCUCCCAAAGAUAUUAUUCAAGCUAGACGCCACUACACUAAAGCACUUGUUGACGGACGUGUACCUUUUAAUCUGGGAGAUGAUGGCUAUGUAUAUGCUGGAGAGACGGUAGAAAGUUACAUAUGUAGAAUUAUUGAAUUGUUUGAAGGAGUGGAUGGUGAACCGUACUUUCGUGCGCAAUGGUUUUAUAGGGCUAAGGAUACGAUAAUAGAGAAGCAUUCUGACCUUAUUGAUGCUAAGCGCAUUUUUCUUUCUGAAGUGAAGGAUGAUAAUCCUCUUGGAUGCCUUUUAGAGAAACUAAAAAUAGUUCGAGUUCCUUUAGAUGCGGAUGUAGCUACGAAGAGGGCAAUGCUUUUAGAUGGAGAUUUUUAUUAUGACAUGUUGUAUCAAGUUCCAUUUUCGUCUUAUCAAAACUUACCUACUGAUAACAAGGCAGCUGACGAUGAGUCUGAUUCGACAUUAGAGUGCAAUUCUAUUGCAUCGGUUAUUCAGGUUUCACAAAUUAAAGAGGACAAAAGAUCUGAAAUGAGGUUGCUAGAUCUUUAUUCUGGUUGUGGUGCAAUGUCAACUGGAUUGUGCUUGGGAGCUAAUAUGGCAGCUGUGAAUCUUAUCACUAAAUGGGCCGUAGAUUUUUCUAAGAAUGCCUGUGAUAUUAAACUCAAUCACCCAGAGACAGAGGUGAGGAAUGAGCGAGCUGAAAAUUUCCUGCAGUUACUAAAAGAGUGGGAAAAGCUUUGUCAGCGUUUUUCCUUGAUUGGGAGUAGUGAUAUACAAUGUAGUAGCAACUGUGUGAGUGUUGAGAAUCAUGAAAUCGAAAAUGCAGCAGCUGAUGAUGCUGAAGAUGAUGAUGUGUUGGAUGAUGAUGCAUUUGAAGUUGAGAAUAUUCUGUCAAUUCGCUAUGGUGAUCCAAAGAAUAUCAAAACAACUGGGCUUUACUUCAAGAUUCGUUGGAAGGGUUAUGGCCCAGAAGAAGACACAUGGGAGCCUGAAGAUGGCCUGGGUGAUUGUGAGGAGAAGUUGAAGCAAUUUGUGAAACAAGGUUUUGCAACCAAGAUUUUGCCUCUACCUGGAGAUGCGGAUGUCAUCUGUGGAGGCCCACCUUGUCAAGGCAUUAGUGGCUUCAAUCGUUUUAGGAAUGUUAAAAAACCAUUAGAAGAUGAGAAAAACAAACAACUAAUUGUGUACAUGGAUAUUGUAGAGUUUUUAAAACCAAGGUUUGCAUUGAUGGAAAAUGUUGUUGAUAUUGUUAAAUUUUCAAAAGGAUACUUGGGAAGAUAUUCACUCGGCCGAUUAGUAUCAAUGAACUACCAAGCACGUGUUGGGCUAAUGACAGCUGGUAUGUACGGGCUUCCACAAUUCCGAAUGCGGAUGUUUAUGUGGGCUGCCCGACCUGCUGAGAAACUACCACAAUACCUGUUACCUACCCAUAACGUAGUUUCGAGAGGAUUAUAUCCGGUUGAAUUUGAGUCAAAUGCUGUUACUUAUGAUGACCCAAGUGCUGUUGUGUUGGAAAAAGAAUUAUACCUAGGGGAUGCUAUUUCUGAUCUUCCUCCUGUGAUGAAUGAUGAGAAAAAAGAUGAAACUCCAUACAGAGAGUUGCCAAAAACAGAAUUUCAAAAAUUCAUAAGGCUUAAAAAACAAGAAAUGCCGGGGUUUUCGGGUCCAAUAUCUGCAGACUCUGUCGGUCAUUGUUUGUAUGACCAUUUACCAUACAAAUGCAAUAAUGAUGAUUACCAACGUGUUUGUCAAAUUCCCAAAAAAAAGGGGGCAAAUUUUCGAGAUUUGACUGGUGUUCGUGUCAAAAGUGACAAUACUGUUGAAUUUGAUCCCAAUAUUGAGAGGGUGAAAUUACCUUCAGGAAAACCCUUGGUCCCCGAUUAUGCAAUGUCAUAUGUUGAUGGGAAAUCGUCCAAACCCUUCGGUUGUCUCUGGUGGGACGAAAUUGUACCGACAGUUGUCACCAGGGCAGAACCUCACAAUCAGGCAAUCCUUCAUCCUGUCCAGGACGGUGUGUUGACCAUUCGUGAAAAUACCAGGCUCCAAGGUUUCCCUGACUACUACAAGCUUGUUGGUCCAGUGAAAGAAAGAUAUAAGCAAGUCGGAAAUGCUGUGGCUGUUCCAGUUGGUAGGGCAUUGGGGUACUCCCUUGCGAUGUCAUGCAAAGGUAUUGCCUGUAAAGGACCCACAUUUACAUUACCCAAGAAGUUUCCUGAUCUAGAGACAGCCGCAUCCGCUCCUAUGAUUGAGGAGAAUCAGUAGGUGAUUCUUAUUAUUGAUAUGAAUAUUAUUUGCAUUGGCGAAGUGUAAUGAACACAAUGUCUUCUAUAGUUCUAUGUCAAUUUUUUUUUUUUUUUUUUGUAACUUUUUAGUUACAUUUUGCUCAUUGUAAUUGUUGGAUUAUUUUCCCAAUCUAAGCAAAUGCUCAUUUGGUUUCUCUCCUUGAAGUAACCAAAUCUAAUGAGGUA